AUGUGGAACAGUGACGAGCGGAAGUGGUACUUCGGCUCUGGCACCGUGUAUCCCCACAUGGUUCCCUUUCCGUUUACCAGCUCCGGCACCGCGAGUGGAAGCGCUGACCUCCUCAUCGGCUGCGGGUACAUGACCGGUACUGGGACCUUUGUCGGGACUGCUACUUUCACGGGAUGUGGGCAAGGCAACGGCACGGCGACCCUCAACGGGACCGGAACAGUAUGGCCAUCGAUCAACGGCGUUUUACGGACAGACAUCUCAUUCGUGACGAACGGUGAAAUUAGUGGGACAGGCAGUGUCAAAGGGUGCGGCACCUUGAUCGGGAGUGGCACAUUCACCGUAACCGAUGGCUACACCGUGGCUGAACCCACUGUGACAGUGAUUGAGGUGGUCCCUGCGACAUCCGCGGGACCAAACUACAUGAUUGAUGCUGAUCUGCAGAACGGCACUGUGGGCGACAAUUCCACGCACGGCAGCAACAAGACCUCGCUGAGCGCGCCCUAUCUCUUCCCCAACAGUACUCUGACCAACGGUACGCUAUCCAACAGCACCCAUACCAACGAAACGCAAUGCGACGAGUUCGCAAUAGCGGGUUGCCGGCAAUGCUGCAAUAGCGCCGGAAUCUGCUGCCCACUAGAAGUCCCCUGCGAUGCCAACGGCAAAUGCCCAGGGUUCGCCAUCGAGGCAAUGGGCUAUCUUCGUGGUGGUCUGAACAUGGUCAUGGCUCGCAAUGGCAGUGACGGCUCACAGGGUAUCGAUGAUAGCGUAGAUCCUCGCGAUUUGGGAUACAUAGGAGUGGAUGCGGACGGAGACGAGAUGGCGGCAAGAUUUGGGCCAGGAGGAACGUUUGGUGAUGGCAGCGCCAGUAGUGAGGAGCGGUUUGGAGAUGAUGAUGUAGACGAUGAUGAGAGCCAACAUGACGCUGGCGGUAAGUCGAAGCGUGGUGUCACGAAGAACGGUGCUGCAUGGCCGCAACGACGAGGCGUCACGGACCAGGAAAGGAUCUUGAUGAAGAGGGAACAGGAGCGGAAGGAGAGAGUGAGGAAGCAGAAGCAGUUGAUUAGAAGUCUGAAUGAAGAGAGCGCACGUCAACGUAGAGAGGGUAUCGACGGAUCAAGGCUGGCGCAGAGGGGAAUUCUUGCGGGCUAUGGCGCGAUGGAGAUGGAUUGGGGCGGGAGAGGGAUGGACAGAAGGGGCAAUGGGAUGCUAGUGGCUGGCGAUGUUGCGAAUAACGCGUGGAAUUGA